AUGCGAAAAAUCUCAUAUUACUGGUACGGAGGCGAUGUGUUGUGUCGUGUUUGCAAAUUUUUCUACACGUUCAGUUUUUAUUUGAAUUCAUUCGUUAUCGCCGGUAUCGCGAUCGAUCGAGCUUGUAGUGCUUAUAAAAUCAACUCAUUGAAAGCUUUCGAAAGUGCCAACCGUCGAGUGUUCCGCACGUUGGUGGCUGCCUAUGCGGGCGCUACCAUCUUCUCGAUUCCGCAAAUAUUCAUAUUUCGUGUCUUUCAACCGCUUGAAUUGGUCGAUUUCAGACAGUGUACGCCAGUUUGGACAACAAUCGCCUACGAGUACGAUCUACGCAUUCAACUGCCGACAACCACUGAGAGAGAAAAGAAUAUGCUAGCUGCACAUUAUAUGCAGGUAUCAGUAGCAUCCCGAUCACUCGUCAUCGAAAACAUUCAUUCAAUGUCUUUUUCUUACAAUGUCAUCGCAUCAAAUCCAGAUAGUGACGAGAAUUUUGUGAACGUUGACAAAGAAAUCUUUCAAGAAUUGACUAAUGUUAAACAUGAAGUUGUGAGAUCUCAUUGGAUUAGUAUUAUUACAAAUGAGAAGUUUCUUUCAUCGGUUUAA